GUGCAGUUUUCCAUUCAGGGGAACAUAUCCCGUGACAAUAACUGACUCCUCCAGGCACUGCGAGGCAUCUGAGCCUUCAGUCUGGAGUGCACAAGCUUGAAGUUCACAUCUGAAGAGCUCAUUGGAAAGGAAGAGUUUUAUUGCGGGUGAGACACGUUUAACGGCGCUUCAGGAGUCACACAGCAGAGACCAAUGGGAGUGUGGAAGCUAGCCAAGGUGGUGCUCGGAUGGGCCACGAUCUGGUGGGCCGCGGUCCAUUCGGCGCAGGCGCAAGGAGAUGGAGACAUCCAGGCCAGUCGAUUCACUGGAAAACCUGAGGGGGAGGUGCAACAGAGGGUCCGUCGGAGAGGCCAGGAGUCCCUCAGGGGGCCCAACGUAUGUGGUUCCCGCUUCCACUCCUAUUGUUGUCCAGGGUGGAAAACGCUUCCCGGUGGGAACCAGUGUAUAGUUCCGAUCUGUAGGAACUCGUGUGGGGACGGCUUUUGCUCGAGGCCCAACAUGUGUACCUGCUCCAGUGGUCAUCUUGCCCCUAGCUGUGGUGCGGCCGCCGUCCAGUCCUGCAGCGUCAGAUGCAUGAAUGGAGGGGUCUGUAAUGAAGAUGCCUGCUCGUGUCAGAAGGGCUACACAGGAAGUCACUGUGGACAGCCUGUGUGUGAGAGCGGAUGUCAAAAUGGCGGGCGUUGUAUUGGACCCAACAGAUGUGCUUGUGUCUACGGUUUUACUGGGCCGCAGUGCGAGAGAGACUACAGGACUGGGCCAUGCUUCACACAAGUCAACAACCAGAUGUGCCAAGGUCAGCUGAGCGGCAUCGUUUGCACCAAGACGUUGUGUUGCGCCACCAUCGGGCGAGCGUGGGGUCACCCAUGCGAGAUGUGCCCUGCCCAACCCCACCCUUGCCGAAGAGGUUUCAUCCCCAACAUCCGCACCGGUGCUUGCCAAGACGUGGACGAGUGUCAGGCCGUCCCAGGACUGUGUGCUGGAGGAAACUGCAUUAACACAGUGGGCUCCUAUGAGUGCAAAUGUCCCGCGGGUCACCGGCAAAGUGAGACCAACCAGAAGUGCGAAGAUAUUGACGAAUGCACAACCAUUUCGGGAGCGUGUGACGGCGGGGAAUGUACCAACACCGCCGGCAGCUACGUGUGCACCUGUCCGCGGGGAUACGUUACCAGCACAGACGGCUCCAGAUGUGUCGAUCAUCGGGUCGGUACGUGUUUCUCGUCUUUAGCUAACGGCCGAUGCGCGAGCGAACGGUCCGGUCAGUACACAAAGAUGCAGUGCUGCUGCGACUCGGGCCGCUGCUGGGCACUCGGACACAUCCCAGAGAUGUGCCCCGUCAAAGGAUCCGAUGAAUACAGGCGACUGUGCAUCCAUAGGCUUCCGUUUGCCACCGGUAACGGCGGCGGCACCAUCCACGACGGCAACGGCGGUCUGAACAUCGGCAGCUACGGCAAAGGUCCCUCGCAGAACGGAAACGGCGGCGGCUACAUUUACGGUGGCGAGCACACCAUCGGAAACGGCAACGGAGGCAACGGUGGCCUGAAGAUUCAGAUCAGCCAGCUGAACGAGACUACGAUCGACGUGUGCAAGCAUUUCACCAACCUGUGCCUGAACGGCCGCUGCAUUCCCACGCCCACCAGCUACCGCUGCGAAUGCAACAUGGGAUACCGGCAGGACGUGCGCGGGGAGUGCAUCGAUGUGGACGAGUGCGUCAGUAACCCGUGUGUGAACGGAGACUGUGUCAACACACAAGGAUCGUAUCACUGCAAAUGUCACGAGGGAUAUCAGGGAACUCCCACCAAACAGGCCUGCAUUGACAUUGACGAGUGUAUCGUGAACGGCGUUAUGUGCCGUAACGGACGCUGCGUGAACACGGAUGGAAGUUUCCAGUGCAUCUGUAAUGCUGGCUUUGAAAUCAGUCCUGACGGGAAGAACUGUGUCGAUCAUGAUGAAUGUGCCACCACCAACAUGUGCCUCAACGGCAUGUGCAUAAAUGAAGACGGAAGCUUCAAGUGUAUCUGCAAACCUGGAUUUGCGUUGGCGCCCAAUGGACGCUACUGCACUGACAUCGACGAAUGCCAGACCUCAGGUAUCUGUAUGAACGGCCGCUGCGUGAACACCGAGGGCUCUUUCCGCUGCGAGUGCCCGCCAGGACUAGCCAUAGACGUGGACGGCCGCGUCUGCGUGGACACCCACAUGCGCACCACCUGCUACGGCGCAAUAAAGAUGGGCACGUGUUCGCGUCCAUUCCCCGGGGCAGUGACGAAGUCGGAAUGCUGCUGCGCCAACCCUGAACAUGGCUUCGGAGAACCCUGCCAACCCUGCCCGGCAUUCAACUCUGCCGAGUUUCAGGCGGUGUGCAGCAGUGGACCUGGAAUCACCACAGACGGGCGAGACAUCAACGAAUGCGCUUUGGAUCCAGACAUCUGUCAAAAUGGGAUCUGCGAGAACUUGCGCGGGAGCUACCGUUGCAUCUGCAACAUCGGCUACGAGUCCGACACUAGCGGCAAGAAUUGCGUGGACAUUAACGAAUGUUUGGUGAAUCGGUUACUGUGCGACAAUGGCAUGUGUAGAAACACGCCCGGAAGUUACACUUGCUCUUGCCCCAAAGGAUUCUCCUUCAAAGCUGACUCUGAGACUUGCGAAGACAUCAACGAAUGCGACUCCAACCCCUGCAUCAAUGGUGUGUGCCGCAACGUAGCCGGUUCCUUCAACUGUGAAUGUUCCCACGGCAGCAAGUUGGACUCCACCAACACCAUCUGCGUAGACAGCAUGAAAGGAACCUGCUGGCUAAACAUCCAGGACGACCGCUGUGAGGUGAAUAUAAACGGGGCCACGCUGAAGUCCGAGUGCUGCUCUACGCUGGGGGCGGCCUGGGGAAGCCCAUGUGAACGCUGCAAAAUUGAUCCAGCCUGUUCGAAAGGUUUCGCUCGCAUGAAGGGACUUGUGUGUGAAGAUAUUAAUGAGUGCGAGGUAUUUCCCGGCGUGUGCACAAACGGACGCUGUGUGAACACGCAGGGCUCGUUCCGAUGCGAGUGUCCGGAGGGACUUACACUGGACGGAGCCGGACGAACAUGUGUUGACAUCCGAAGCGAGCAGUGCUAUAUGAAAUGGGACGAGGACGAGUGCGUGGAGCCGUUACCGGGCCGGUAUCGCGUGGAUAUGUGCUGCUGUACGGUGGGAGCGGCAUGGGGUGUGGACUGUGAGGCCUGUCCCAAACCAAACACACCCGAAUUCAAGACCAUCUGCCCGCGGGGACCUGGAAUUGCCAACCGAGGAGACAUCUUGACGGGACGACCCUUCUACAAAGAUGUGAACGAAUGUAAGGUCUUCAAAGGCCUGUGCACUCACGGGACGUGCCGAAACACCAUCGGGAGCUUCAAAUGCCGCUGCGAAAGCGGCUUCGCCCUCACCAUGGAGGAGAGGAACUGCACAGAUAUCGACGAGUGCACCAUCUCUCCGGACCUGUGCGGACACGGCGUCUGCGUCAACACGCCCGGCAGCUUCGAGUGCGAGUGCUUCGACGGCUAUGAGAGCGGCUUCAUGAUGAUGAAGAACUGCAUGGACAUCGACGAGUGCGAGCGCGACCCCCUGCUGUGCCGCGGCGGGACGUGUCUGAACACCGAGGGCAGUUAUGAGUGCGACUGUCCUCCGGGUCACCAGCUGAUCGCAGAAGCUUCUGCCUGUGAAGAUGUGAACGAGUGUCAGCUGAGUGAUAACCUGUGCAAGAACGGUCAGUGUGUGAAUAUGGUGGGCACCUAUCAGUGCUCCUGCGACACGGGAUACCAGGUGACGCCCGACAGACAGGGCUGCGUGGACAUCGACGAGUGCACCAUCAUGAACGGCGGCUGCGAUACUCACUGUACGAACUCGGAGGGAAGUUACGAAUGCAGCUGCAGCGAAGGUUACGCGCUCAUGCCCGACCUCAGGACCUGCGCCGACAUCGACGAGUGUGAAGACACGCCGGACAUCUGCGACGGCGGCCAGUGUACGAACAUCCCCGGAGAAUAUCGCUGCCUCUGCUACGACGGCUUCAUGGCCUCCAUGGACAUGCGCACCUGCAUCGAUGUCAACGAAUGCGAUCUGAAUCCCAACAUCUGUCUGCACGGCGACUGUGAAAACACUAAAGGGUCCUUCAUCUGUCACUGUCAGCUGGGAUACUUCGUCAAGAAGGGCUCCACCGGAUGCACAGAUAUCGACGAGUGUGAGGUCGGUGCUCAUAACUGCGACAUGCACGCCUCCUGCGUCAACGUCCCGGGGAGCUUCAAGUGCCGCUGCCGCGACGGCUGGGAGGGCGACGGGAUCAAAUGCGUCGAUGUGGACGAGUGCGUGACGGAGGAACACAACUGUAACCCGAACGCCGAGUGCAUGAACACGCCGGGAUCGUACCGUUGCGCCUGUAAGGAGGGAUUCAACGGCGACGGAUUCUCCUGCUCCGACAUGGACGAGUGCGCUGAUAACGUGAAUCUGUGUGAGAACGGUCAGUGUCUGAACGCGCCGGGCGGAUAUCGCUGCGAGUGUGAGAUGGGCUUCACCCCGACUGAAGACAGCAAGGCCUGCCAGGACAUCGACGAGUGUAACUUCCAGAACAUCUGCGUGUUUGGAUCGUGUCAGAACCUGCCGGGAAUGUUUCGCUGCAUCUGCGACUACGGCUACGAGCUGGACCGCAGCGGAGGAAACUGCACAGACAUUAACGAGUGUUUCGACCCUGUGAACUGCAUCAACGGCGUGUGCGUGAAUCUGCCCGGCAGCUACCUGUGCAACUGUCCGCCGGACUUCGAGCUCAACCCGUCGGGCGUGGGCUGCGUCGACACUCGAGUGGGGAACUGCUUCCUGGACACGCUGGACCGCGGCGACGGAGGAAUCUCCUGCAGCGCUGAGAUCGGGGUGGGCGUGACACGCGCCUCCUGCUGCUGCUCGCUGGGCGGAGCCUGGGGAAACCCCUGCGAACUCUGCCCGCCCAUCAACUCCUCCGAGUACAAAACACUGUGUCCCGGAGGAGAGGGUUUCCGGCCCAAUCCCAUCACCGUCAUCCUGGAGGACAUCGACGAGUGCCAGGAGCUGCCCGGUCUGUGUCAGGGGGGAAACUGCGUCAACACCUUCGGCAGCUUCCAGUGCGAGUGUCCCGCCGGAUACUACCUCAACGAGGAGACACGCAUCUGCGAAGAUAUUGAUGAAUGUACGGCGCACAUCGGCAUCUGCGGUCCGGGAACCUGCUACAACACGCUGGGAAACUACACCUGCGUCUGUCCGCCCGAGUACAUGCAGGUGAACGGAGGAAACAACUGCAUGGAUAUGAGAAAGAGCGUGUGCUACCGCAACUUCAACGACACCUGCGAGAACGAGCUCUCCUUCAACAUGACCAAGAAGAUGUGCUGCUGCGCCUAUAAUGUGGGCAAAGCCUGGAACAGACCCUGCGAGGCCUGUCCCACACCAGCCACGUAUAUCGACGAGUGCAGCGUUCACGCCAGUCAGGUGUGCAGGAACGGCCAGUGCAUCAACAGCAUGGGCUCCUUCAGGUGUCUGUGUCUGGACGGAUAUAACCUGACGCCGGAUGGCAAGAACUGCGUCGAUAUUAACGAGUGCGUGACGCUGCCGGGCGCCUGUCAGCCGGGGACCUGUCAGAAUCUGGAUGGCUCGUUCCGCUGCAUCUGUCCGCCCGGAUACGAGGUGCAGAACGACAAGUGUGUGGAUAUCAACGAGUGCACCGUGGAGCCCAACAUCUGUCAGUUCGGCACGUGUAAAAACACGCCGGGCAGCUUCCAGUGCCUCUGUCAGCCCGGGUUCGUGCUGUCCGACAACGGCCGCCGCUGCUUCGACACGCGCGAGAGCUUCUGCUUCACGCGGUUUGAAGCGGGCAAAUGCUCCGUUCCCAAACCGCUCAACACCACCAAAGCCAAGUGCUGCUGCAGCCUGCUGCCGGGCGAGGGAUGGGGCGACCCCUGCGAGCUGUGUCCGCGCGAGACCGAGGCUGCGUUCCACACGUUGUGUCCCUAUGGUCACGAGGCUGUCCCGCGACCCGAGGGACGCGAGGACAUGAACGAGUGCGUGGAGAACCCGGGCAUCUGCGGGAACGGCCAGUGCAUCAACACCGACGGCUCGUUCCGCUGCGAGUGUCCCUUCGGGUACAACCUCGACUACACCGGCAUCAACUGCGUGGAUACGGACGAGUGCUCGAUCGGAAACCCCUGUGGAAACGGCACGUGCUCAAACGUUCCUGGUGGCUUUGAGUGUUCCUGUCAGGAGGGAUUCGAACCCGGACCCAUGAUGACCUGUGAAGACAUUAACGAGUGCACGGUGAACCCGCUGCUCUGCGCUUUCCGCUGCGUCAACACCUUCGGCUCGUAUGAGUGCAUGUGUCCGACGGGAUACGUGCUGCGCGACGACAACCGGAUGUGCCGAGACCAGGAUGAGUGUGCGGAGGGGCUGGACGACUGCGCCUCCAGAGGAAUGGCCUGCAAAAACCAGAUCGGCACCUUCAUGUGCAUCUGUCCACCCGGCAUGACGCGCCGGCCCGACGGAGAGGGGUGCAUGGAUCUGAAUGAGUGCCGCAGCAAGCCGGGGAUCUGCAAGAACGGCCGCUGCGUCAACACCGUGGGCAGCUACCGCUGCGAAUGUAACGAGGGUUUCGAGCAGAGCUCCACGCGCACAGAGUGCAUCGAUAACAGGAAGGGCUUCUGCUUCACGGAGGUCCUGCAGACGAUGUGCCAGCAGUCGUCCACUAACAGAAACACCGUCACGAAGUCGGAGUGCUGCUGUAACGCUGGCCGCGGCUGGGGCUCGCUGUGUGAACUCUGUCCUCUGCCCGGCACCAUCCAGUACAAGAAGAUGUGUCCGCUCGGACCCGGAUACACCACUGACGGCAGAGACAUCAACGAGUGUGAGGUAAUGCCUAACCUGUGUAAGAACGGCCAGUGCAUCAACAGCGUCGGCUCCUUCCGCUGCCAUUGCAACGUGGGUUACACCGAUGACUUCACUGGCACUUCCUGUGUCGAUAUGGACGAGUGCUCUCAGUCGCCCAAACCGUGUAACUUCCUGUGCAAAAACACCGAAGGCAGUUACCUGUGCUCGUGUCCCAGAGGAUACAUCCUACAGCCUGAUGGGAAGACCUGCAAAGAUUUGGACGAGUGCUCAACCAAGCAACACAACUGUCAGUUCCUGUGCGUCAACACGAUCGGUGGCUUCACCUGUAAAUGCCCCUCAGGCUUCACGCAGCACCAGACGGCAUGCAUAGACAACAACGAAUGCAGCAAUCAGCCAAACCUAUGUGGCUCCCGCGCCUCCUGCCUCAACACCCCCGGCAGCUUCAACUGCGAGUGUCAGAAGGGCUUCUCUCUGGAUGGCACAGGAAUCAACUGUGAUGACGUCGAUGAAUGUGGCGGAAACCACCGGUGCCAACACGGUUGCCAGAACAUGUUGGGAGGAUAUCGUUGCGGAUGUCCGCAGGGUUACGUUCAGCACUACCAGUGGAACCAGUGUGUGGACGAGAACGAAUGUGCCGGGAACCAAGUCUGUGGGUCUGCAUCUUGCUAUAACACUCUGGGCAGCUAUAAGUGCACGUGCCCGUCAGGUUUCGACUUUGAGUCCUCUGCUGGCGGAUGCCAGGAUGUUAAUGAAUGCAACCUGAACAAUAACCCCUGCAGCUAUGGCUGCUCCAACACAGAUGGAGGAUACUUGUGCGGAUGUCCCGGAGGCUUCUACCGAGCAGGACAAGGGCACUGCAUCACAGGAGUGGGCUUCCAGGGUCAGUUUGGCUCAGAGGGAGUGGAUGACGAAGAGUCAUUGUCACCAGAGGCCUGCUAUGAAUGCAAGAUCAACGGUGACCUUGGAAAGAAAGGUCGCCAUAGGCGUAAUACUGGCGAUAAUGAGCUCAAGGAGACGGUGAGCUUGGCCAGCAUGGAUGUUCAGACCUCUAUCCCCAUGAACCUCAGUCUGGCACAGCUGCAAAACAAGGAACCCCUACUUGAGUUGCUUCCAGCCCUGGAGCCGCUUGAGCACUAUGUGCGCUACGUCAUAAUGCAUGGAAACCAAGGUGAACACUUCCGCAUCCUGGAGCGUCACGACGGGAAGAGCGUUCUGCGGCUGGGCCGAAAGCCACCCCCUCCAGGUUUGUACCGCCUGGAGAUCGCCAGCUUGCGUCUGUUCGGUCCACGCAAACUUCAGCAAAUGGAGGACCAACAUGACAGCGACUACUUGCUGGGCGAGAUCGGCGACGCACUGCGCAUCAAGCUGCACAUCCACCUGCACUGAGACUGACCCUUGACCCCGUGCCCUUCACUGCAGGGCGUAGGCUCUGAGAGACUGUGUCCAUUUACCGCCAUGUUUUGGGUUUGUUUUUAUUUGCCGUCCUUUCAUAUCAGCGCCCACCGACUCCACCAGGUUGGGUGGAAUAUGUACAUACACCACCUUAAAUUAGCAGGAGUGCAUUAGCACUAGCACCCACUUUUACCAGAGGGACAAUCAGAAAUAUCAGUCGUAAGGACAAAUUAAUUUUAGUACAGCUACUACAGUUGUAAACUGUCAAAAUGAUCAUGUAAUGACAUUCAGUCUUUAGUGCACAUAAAAACGUUGCAUUAUAGAUGAAGAAAAUAUAAUGACUAUUCACUCAUCUCAAUAUCUCAGUGCAAACUGGGGUCAAAGUUUAUUCCAUUCAGUAUUUAGUGUCAUUUGUCAAGUAUUGUACUGUUUUUGAAGAAAAAAAAGGUCACACAAAGGACUGCAGCAAUUUUUCAGGUUUAAACGAGAGUCGAGGGUUCAAAAGGCUUAUGGUUCUCAAAACUGAAAUGCGUCUUUUUACAUAAGAUUUCUGGGACUUUCUGGAGUGUUUGCAUGAGCUGCCACAUCACGUUACCUCAUUUUACACAAGAACACACACAAAUAUAUGUAUGGCAGUUAGGACAGGAGUGGUGCUAAACACUCAAAAUUUGCACUGGGCCUCCUCUGCGUAUUUCAUCAGGGAAAAUUCAUUCCAAAAAUGGCAACGACUGUCUAAAGGGUUUUCGAAUAUGCAUGCGAUGUUGCACAAACUUGGCAUUUACAUUUGAACCAUUUUCUUCUCCAUACUUGUGUGCUCUUGUCGGUGUAUUUGACAAAGACGUGCUUGGCAAACAGAGCACAUACGAAUGGAGAACUGGAAGCCUGCUGGGUAAACCAACCAGAGGCCAUUUUUGAUUGCAGCUGGAGACGUGCAGUCUCAAUGGUACAUAAGGAUUGUUUGGCAAGCCGUCCUCCAAAACACUCCAGAUAUGGACAUGCAAACACACAUUUUCAACUUUCAAGUGUGGGAACGAUGACAAACUGACCCUCGUUUCUUAGUUUCUCAGAAACCGCGAGCAAACAAGGUGCUAAGAUUCCAACUUACGCUGUACUACGAACUGAUUUGUGGAUCGCAAUCGUGACAUUUCCAAAGGUCUUUUGUGUUUUAUUUUAUUUUUUAUUUCGUGUGUGAUUGUCUUUUGUACUGUCUCAAUGCUGAAAAAUCAAUACUAUCAAAGCUUGUUGAAAAUUUAAAUUGUAUAUUUUAAAGUGAAAUGUAGUUUUUGUUUGUAUUUCUUCUUUUGUAUUCUUGAGCAUCAAGACUGCCAAACCAAAUAUUUACUUGUACACAUUAGAUAAAUAGCUUUUAAGAGCUGUUGACUUUGUUUUUCCUCAGAAUACGGACAAUUAAUGAUCACCACGUCCUUAUUUUACUGUCACUGAGCACUACGUGACAGACGUCACUGUUUACAUGAGCUUGUCCAUCAAUCAUCUAAAUGAAUAAUACUGUAGUUUAUUGCAACGACCAGCAAUAUUGGACUGUUUUCAUAGGCUGUAAACAAAGUGAUUUUGGUGCUAGAAUGACAAAACUGAUUCUUGAACAUCACAGUAACUGCACUGUUUGACAGCCUGAGCUAUAUUUAUGCAUAACCAUUUGUCUAACAUGGGAACUUUGUAUACUUUCAUAUCUUUUGUUUUUGUUGAUGCCACUACAUGUAAAAGAGCGAAUGUGCGUGACUGUACUGUAUGUCAAAAAUCAGUAGCAAACUUGAAAUAGUCAUCAAGCUAGUGUUGAGUUACGAACUUCAGACCAAAGAAAGUGGACCGGGUCGCUCAGGAUGUCGUCCCAUACCAUAAAUCUCAGAGGUGCAUUGAUUAGGGCAUCUGUAUGAAUUUUUUGAGCCAUAAAGAUCCAUGACGGAGAAACCCGAGUACCCCGUACACGGCUAAUCAGUAAUUCCAAAUGCAUUGUUUUUAUACCAUUUUCGAUCCAUCUGUUAGAUCCGAGUGAUCCGCACAAUGUUUGUGAACAUCUGUACGAAACAACAAAUGGCAAUAAAACAACAUGGGUUAUAUUUUUAAACCUUUGUCUUUCUGUUCUCUAUGUGCAAAGGCCAUUUUUAGCCGCAUUAAAGAGAUCUAGCGAGUGUAUCCAAGUGGAAGCCUUAAGUGAAUAAACCCAGUUUUAUUUCAGACAAAAGGGAAUUAGGAAAAUAUCCAAUCUACUUACAAAACUCACAAAGCAAUGCAAGCUCCUCUGUUUCUUGGCACAUCAACAUUCUUUGCACAUCUGUCCAAAUGAGAGCUACAAAUUCAAGACGAUUAGCAAAAAGGGAACUCCAAAUCCGAGUCGGGAUAUAAAAAUAAUGCUUUCGGUCGAUUCUAAACCUCUCUUAGAUCACAACGGUUUCAGAGAGCUCGGCAGAUUAGCAAACAGAUAACCAAUGACAUGAACACCCUCGAGAUAUGAGAACAUAUGGCUUAUAUACA